AUGCGCAAAGGCGUCGGCCUCGGCGCCCUCUCACGCACCACCCACACCCGCAGCACCUACACCACCCACGGCGCCGCGCUGCAAAAAUCCCACAUCGACCAACUCACCACGCAACUCUCCGUCUUCCAGUCCCAACUCUCGCACUUCGCGCGCACCCACGCAGCCGACAUCCGCUCCAACCCGGCCUUCCGCCACGAGUUCGCGCGCAUGUGCGCCGCCAUCGGCGUGGACCCCUUGGCGUCCAGCAGCGGCAAGAAGGGCUCCUUCUGGGCCGAGCUGCUCGGCGGCAGCGUCGGCGACUUCUAUUUCGAGCUCGCCGUGCGCGUGGUUGAAGUCUGCCGGCGCACGCGGGGCGAGAACGGCGGCGGGAGGGGGGAAGGGGUGGGGGAGGAGGAUGUGCUGCGGGCGGUGGAGGCGCUGAAGCCGCUGGGGAGUGGGUUUGCGGUGGUGGCGGUGGGGAGGAGGUUGAUGGUGCGGAGCGUGCCGAGGGAGUUGAACCGCGACCAGGCGACGGUGCUGGGCACGAUUGAGAUCUGUGGGUUUGGGGUCGCGGCGAGUAUGGUCAGGGUUAAUCUGGGCUGGGAGGCGGCGCGGGUGGUGACGGUGCUGGAGACCUGGUGGCGGAGGGGUUGGUGUGGGUGGAUGAGCAGGCGGAGGAGAGGGAGUAUUGGGUGCCGGGAGUUAUGGGGAAGAAGUAGCAGUGGGUGA